ACACGUGGAUGGUGUGCAUCAAUUAGAAUUCCUUGUCAAUUUUAGUAUAAUAGUCCCGGCGAGUCCCAGUUUUCCAGCCUGUCCUGCCAAGCUGUCUUCACACAAGCAUGUGUUCUCCACUUCUUGUUCUCCAAAGACCCUACUGUCUGACAGUUUUAAGACGGAGCUGCCCGAGUGUCCACAGUCACUCGAGACAGCAGCAUACCUCCGGUAGAACCUCGCUACUGGACAAGAAGCUACCCGGUGUCAAUGACUGCCCUCACAACUGCCUCUGCUCCAGAGAAGUGGAGUUCAGCUACAAGAAUCCGAGGUUCCUGUCUCAGUUUGUCUCCUCCCAGACUGGCAUGAUCCUGCCCAGAAACAUCACCAAGCUAUGUAUGAAAAAGCAGAGGAGACUAGCAAGUACGAUCAAGAGAGCGCGACACAUGGGGUUCAUGCCCUACACUCACACGCAGGAAGAGUACCUCAGUGAUGCUAAACUCUAUUAGCGUUGUCACUUGUGAGCCGUAUGUCGUUGUAACGUUGUUCAUUAUCAAACUCGCCUGUGUAUUGCGUGUGAGUUUCUAAUGUUAGCGCCAGAAAAGGAGUGGGUGUCCGAGAAUGAGAAAUGAUUGGGUGAGGGCUAUAUUCAACCGAUGGUGGUGGUGGUGGUGGGAACUAGUUGUUUCUCCGUUUCUUGAUGUUCCUGCCACCAGUCUGGGUCAGGACUCUGGUGGUGGCCUUGUCCUGCUCUGCAGCUGUCGGGAGAUCCAAAAACUGCCGAAUCUCCUUCACUAUUGAGUCGUGCUCA